AUGCGUUCCCAGCUGUUGUUGCUGCGUAACGUGCUGCGCCCCUGUUGGCGCCCUGGAGCGCAACAGACUCGCGCCCUACACCACGAGGCAGGAGUUGCAGCAACUGAAGGUGCUGCAGCAUCCAAGUUGACAGAAGAAGGACUUGUACAGAGGCGGCCGAUCUACAUGGACUUUCAGGCGACGACUCCCGUGGAUCCUCGCGUUCUCGACGCCAUGCUGCCCUAUUUUCUACACGAAUACGGGAAUGCACAUUCCCGUACCCACAGCUACGGUUGGAGCGCGGAAAAAGCCACAGAGCGCGCUCGUGAGCAAGUCGCGAAACUCAUUAAUGCCUCGAGUCCAAAGGAGAUCAUUUUCACGAGCGGCGCGACCGAGUCCAAUAACCUCGCCAUCAAAGGCGUAGCACAGUUCUACCGCCAAUCGAAGCGCCACAUCGUGACGACCACCACCGAGCACAAGUGCGUCCUGGACUCGUGCCGGCAUCUGGAACGCGAAGGCUUCCAGGUGACGUACGUUCCAGUGCAACCGGACGGACGUGUUAGCCUCGAGACGCUCUCAGCUGCCAUCCGGAGCGAUACCGCGAUCGUUUCAGUCAUGGCUGUGAACAACGAGAUUGGGACCUUGCAACCCAUCGCUGCAAUCGGACAGCUGUGUCGUGAGCGCGGCGUCUUCUUCCAUUGCGACGCUGCACAGGCAGUGGGAAAAAUUCCUAUCGACGUCGAGGCCAUGAACAUCGACCUGCUCUCCAUAAGUGGCCACAAGAUAUACGGCCCCAAGGGCGUUGGGGCCCUCUUUGUGCGCCGACGUCCGCGCGUUCGCCUCGACCCUAUUAUCAACGGCGGCGGUCAGGAGCGUGGCCUUCGCUCGGGAACGCUGCCGACGCCGCUCGUGGUUGGUCUCGGAGCAGCCUGUGACGUGGCUGAACAGGAACUGGAGCGGGACUAUGCCCAUGUUGUCGAACUGUCCGAGCGGCUUUACAAUGGUAUCGUGCAACGAAUCCCUCAUGUCCAACUCAACGGUUCGCGUGAAUUCCGUUACCCCGGAUGCCUGAACUUUAGCUUUGCGUACGUGGAAGGGGAAUCCCUCCUAAUGGCGUUGAAAACCAUCGCGGUAAGCAGUGGCAGCGCCUGCACUUCGGCAUCCCUGGAGCCGAGUUAUGUGCUUCGCGCGCUCGGUGUCGACGAGGAUCUCGCACAUACGAGUAUUCGUUUUGGCAUUGGUCGCUUUACGACUGCAUCAGAGAUUGACUAUGCCGUCGAUAUGGCCGAGCGGCAUGUGCAGAGGCUACGUGAAAUGUCGCCCCUGUGGGAGAUGGUACAGGAAGGCAUAGACCUGAAAUCCAUUCAGUGGACGCAGAGCUAG